AUGCGCGCCAGGACGCCGCGCUCGGCUCGGGGGCGCAGGCCAGCCCCUCUCCCCCGCCCCACUCCGCUUCCCCGCUCCCCGCCGCCGCACUUCCGGCGCUGUUGGAUGACCGGCCACCGGUGUGGCCCCACGUGGUGCUGGAAGCACACCGCGGAGCAGGGGCUGCACCCGGGCGGCCGCUUCGGGCCUGAAAUGAAUCCCUUCGCCUGGUACCCGCCACCCCCGCCGGGGCUCCCUCCGCCCGGGCUCCCCCCACCCUUUUUCUGCCCGCCGCCCCCCUGGGAGCCUAGCUUCUGGGCUCCCCCCGGGCCCUACCCGCCGCCUGGGCGCUACCCGCCGCCCGACAGCUACCCGCCUGCAAAGAGCUAUUCUCAGCCCGCCGACAGCUACCCGCAGCCUGACAGCCACCCGCCCGCCGACAGCUGCUCUCAGCCUGCUGAGAGCUACCCGCCCGCCGAGAACUACUCGCAGCCCGACAGCUACCCGCCUGCCGAGAGUUACCCGCUGCCCUCCGACAGCUACCCGCCCGCCAAGAGCUACCUGCCGCCUGACAGCUGCACGCCACCCGCCGCAUGGUACCCCCCGGCCUACGGAGAGCGACCACAGGGCCCGCACGCUGGUGGAAAUGGCAAUUUCUCCCAGAAGUGGCAAGGCGAGCAAGCGCCUGGGUUUAGUAAACGUUUUCCAGAAGAAAAUAACAAGCCAAAGACCAAAAAGAAAAAAGAGCCAGUUUUCUCUCAUUAUUGUGAUACCUGUGACCGUGGCUAUAAAAACCAGGAGAAGUAUGAUGAACAUAUUUCACAACAUAAACAGUGCACAGAAGAAGGCUGCAAUUUCAGCGCACAUGAGAAGAUAGUUCAGAUACACUGGAAGAACGCACAUGCACCUGGUGCUAAAAGAAUAAAAUUAGAUAGUCCAGAAGAGAUCGCUAGAUGGAGAGAAGAAAGAAAAAAAAAUUUUCCUACGUUGGCAAACAUUGAAAGGAAGAAGACGAUGCAGAUGCAGAAGGAAGAAAGGGGAGAAGUGCUGACUACCCAACAGUUUGGCAAAAUGAAGGGGAUGUGGAAACCUCCAGAAAAUGAAGAGAGGUUUGGGCAGCAAGGAAGACAGAGGAGAAGACAAAGGCGCCCUUUCUGGAAGAAAUUUAGGAAAAAUAGUGGCAAUUAUAAUGUACAUAAAACUCAAAAUGAAGCCAAUGGACCAGAAAACAGCAUGUGUGAGAAGGAGCAUGAAAAACAGUGUGCUUUGGCAGCUCAGCCAUACGUGAAGGAUACGGACCCUCUUGGCCUUCUGGCAAACAGUGACAUUGAAUCCGACAAGGACGAAGCAGCCGCCGAAGAUGGGAGGCUGGGAUUGACUGUUGUUCCCAAGCAGGUCACCUCCGCCCUGAGUUCAUUGUCAGCCAACUAUGGCAGUGGGUCCGACAGCGAGCCUGAAGAAAUCCCUGUCAAGACUACAACAGAAGUUGAGAAAAACCAGGCUGCAUUCAGAAAUAUGCCUCAAACUACUUGUGUUCCUUGGAGUCGAAACGCGAAUCAAAAACGUCCAGAAUACGUAGGCACAACAUUAAGAAGCUCGAAUUCAAAUGCACGUCCCCCCAGAGGGUCUGAUAACUGGGGCAAGAAAACAUUACCUCUCCUUCCAAAGCGCCGUCCAACUCUGCUGGAAAUGUUACUGGCCCAGGACAUCCGACACGAAAGGAAUGUGAUUUUGCAGUGUGUUCGAUACCUCAUCCGAAAUAACGUGUUUGGACUUCAUUUUAAAACAGAACCACAAGCUGAAACACAGACUGAACAGUCCUCUACAACUACAACUACAGCAGAGUCUUUGAUGGACAAACUUGAUGAAUCUAAUUGUUCUUGUAGCUCUGACCUUCAGUUAGCAGGAGGAGAAGAAGAUUCGUUAUUAAUAGCCCAGGGUGAGAAAGCACCAAUGGAUCAGACUUCACAGACGGUUCACUUGGUAGACGAGGACAUGUGGGAAACCCCGCCAAUUCAGUGUGAAGAAGCACUGUAGAUGAUGUCUGUUGUGGACAGUAAAGCAAAGGCUGACCUUUUCUACCUGACUGGUGCUUUUUGAAAGACAUCAGUAUAACAAAAUAAUCAUUAAAGUACAUACUGAAAGCUGUUAAAACCACUUU